AUUUGGUCAACAUUGCUCAAGCAGUAGUUCACCGUAAUCAGAAGUGUCUGGACGCUGAUGAAUGGCAUUAAAAAACAAAUUUGAAAAUACCACGACAAGUUGAGAAAGAAAUCACAGAAGGCCCCUCUCCGCGAGCCUGGCCCCGCCGCCCCGGCGUCCCUUUGGAGCGCGUGGCAGCAGCUGACUGCGCGUUCACGACCCACUGGGAGCCCGGAGUCCCGCUGCCGUCAUGAAUAUCCGCAAUGCGAGGCCGGAGGACCUGCUGAACAUGCAGCACUGCAACCUCCUCUGCCUGCCAGAGAACUACCAGAUGAAAUACUACUUCUACCACGGCCUCUCCUGGCCCCAGCUCUCUUACAUCGCUGAAGAUGAGAACGGGAAGACUGUGGGGUACGUCCUGGCCAAAAUGGAAGAGGACCCAGAUGACGUUCCCCACGGACAUAUCACCUCACUGGCUGUGAAGCGUUCCCACCGGCGCCUCGGCCUGGCUCAGAAGCUGAUGGACCAGGCCUCCCGAGCCAUGACCGAGAACUUCAAUGCCAAAUACGUCUCCCUGCAUGUCAGGAAGAGUAACCGGGCCGCCCUGCACCUCUAUGCCAACACCCUCAACUUUCAGAUCAGCGAAGUGGAGCCCAAAUACUAUGCAGAUGGGGAAGAUGCAUAUGCGAUGAAGCGGGAUCUCACCCAGAUGGCUGAUGAGCUGAGGCGGCACCUGGAGCUGAAAGAGAAGGGCAGACACACGGUGCUGGGCUCCGUUGAGAACAAGGUGGAGAGCAACGGCAGCUCACUCCCAAGCUCAGAAGAGGCCUGUCGUGCGGAGAAGGGCCUGGCUGCCGAGAACAGUGGUGGUGACAGCAAGGACCUCAGCGAGGUCAGCGAGCCCACUGAGAGCAGCGACGUGCAGGACAGCUCAGAGGCCCGCGACUGGGCCUCCUAGAGCUGGCGAGUACUCCUCUCUCCACCCUGGCCGGCCCACCCCAUCCUCACCCCUCAAGGUUUCACAAUAAACUUCACCCAGUGGCCUUGGGGGGAAAAAUCACAGAAGGAAAAAGCUUUGUAUUUCAGUGACUUCAAUGGCACCUUUUUCCUGCUUUUUAAACAACAGGCUUGCAUGUUCACAUUGCACUGGGCCCUGCAAAUUAUGAAGCUGGCCCUGUCUUCAGGUCUAGAAAAGGACCAGUAGCCUCCCAUUACUCUUGAAUUCCUGUGCUUUUCUUUCGUAGAGCUGGGUGUGGGAUCCAGGAAGCACAGGGAGCUCCAGACUUCAUUCUGCAAUCCAGACAAGAAUCCUCAGUGUGCUUUACCCAGCUCUGGCACGUAUCGUGACUGUAGACUUUGGGGACAGUAAGCAUGAGCUGUCCUGCAUGGGCAAACGUCACGGUGUUGACACCUACACUUGGAGGCUGGAGGUCCUGGCGAGCUAAGUGUGCUUUCAGAAGUGCCCUCACUAACCCAAGUACCAUUGUAAUCCAGAAAAGCAAACGGACCCCAUGAUGUGGUAAAUGGAGAACUUAUGACUUACCACAGCACUGAAUACCGGUGGUGAAGGACUGAAAGAGGGAGUCUGGAUCAAGCAUCAGGCCCUGGGGAGACCCACACGAUCAGAAUGCCAAUCUUUGGUUCCCGUUGUUGAAGAAACAAAUCCACCCAGGAACUCCCACAUUAUUGUCCUUCAAAUUGUGCUGUGGGCAGCCUUGGAAAAACCUGCUGUCCUGGUGAGCACCUUGCCUCACCACAAAAAGCCACAAUAGGGACGACACAUUUGGCCCUUUGUCCAGCUUCAAGUAUACUGUGGAGGCUUUUUCUCAGGACAUGAUAAAGAGCAGGGUGAAGUUCUGGGCUUGGUAGAGACUGAAGAGACUGAUGUUUUAGUGGCUAUGAUUGCAAUGGAAGUGGGAGUAAAGGUGAUGGUAAGGAAGAUGCCGGAACCACAAACGAUCUCCUAAUUCUAUCACACAUAUACCCACAUGGUGCUCUUAGAUAUCACCACGGUUAGCAAGUAAAGGAUUUCUCCCAAUAUUGCAUUUCAUUUUCUUCUGGAUCUCCAGUUAAAUGUAUUAGACCUUUUCAUCCUGUCCUCUAUAGUUCUUAACUCCUUGUAUUCUCCAUUUUCUCAAUUCUCUAUGCCACAUUCUAAGUCUUAGGAUUUCUUCCAGUUCACUAAUCUCUACUCAUCAGCCUCUAAUCCCGUCUAACCUACCGAGUUUAUCUCAACAAUCAUAUUUUUUUUCAUUUCUAAAAGUUCUAUUUAUUUUUCAAAUCCUAGUCAGUCUUGGUAGUCUCUUGCUGCUCGCUCAUUGCCAUGUUUUAAGUAUUUCAUUUACUGGGCACCUACUAUGUGCAAGGCACUGUUCUAGGUGCUGGGGUUGUAUGUGAAACAAAAACAAAGUACACCUUCUUAAACCCUACAUCCCAGUGGGAGAAAUACAACAAACCAAAGUAAGUUAAGUAUGCAGUAUAUUAGGUGAUAAUUGAAAUGGAGAAUAAGGAAUGAUGGGGCACAUUUUUAAAUGCUUUUAAAAUAUCCUCUAAAUCCAAACUCUGAAGUCUUUGGUGGUUUCAGUAUAUUGUUUCAUCUCUCAGGACAGCUUGUUUCAUUGUUUAUCUGGUGAUCUUUAUAGGCUAUUUGCUCGACCUAAAUUUUCAGUAAUCUUAGGGCCCCCUUAAGGGUUAUUUUAAUAGCUAAUAACCACAACAGGGGUUAGCAAACUAUAGUUUGGGGGCUGACUAUGGCCCACUGCUUGUUUUUAUUAGUUUUACUGGAACACAGCCGAGCCCAUUCCUUUACAUAUUGUGGCUACUUUCACAUUAAAGUAGUAGAGUUGAGUUGAUGUGACAGACUGUAUGGCUCACAAAGCUUAAAAUAUUUACUACUUGAAGUUUAGAGAAAAAGUUUGCUGACCUCUGUCUACAGAUAUACACAGGAACUAAAAACCAAACAAAUGGGAACUAACACACUGUUGGAGCAAGUGAAUUUGGUACAACCUUAAUAAAAAUACCCUUUCACUCAGUAAUUCUGACAAAUGUGCCUAAGGAAAUAAGCUGAAAGGUACACAAAGAUUUGUAUAGUGGCUGUUAAAAUACUAUUUAUAAUAGCAAAAACUUACCAAAAAGGUAAUAAUGGUAUAGUCAUGGAAAUAUAUGGAUUUAUAGAAAAAGUCUUAUGAAUCUAAAAACUUGACAAAAUUCAGUCUUUUGUAUUUUACCCUGAACCUCCUCAUUUUACCUACCUUAUCUAUCGUAAGAUCACCCAGGUUUACUUAAUUCCCUCUGCUUCAGGUUAACCCCUCCACGUCAUCUUGGGUCCUAACUCUUUUGGGAUUUUUCUAGUCUUUUAAAUCUCGAUUUCAUUUUUGCUACUGCCUCCUGUCCAUUAGUAUAAGCUAAACAUCCUAUGUUUGAACAAAAUAACCAGCUACUCUCAACCCUACAUGACUCUGCAAUCUACUUAUUUCUCUUAACCAAUACCCUUCUAGAAAAGGGGACAGGAACUCACUGUAUGAAUAUACUCCCCAUUUCCAUUUUUCUUUUUCUAUUUUUUGGGUUUUCUUUCAUUUUUCAACUCAUUACAUUUAAAAGUUUCUAUGUCCUAUCCUCCCUUGCUCUAAUGAUAGUAUUUCCACUAAGAUUACUUAGUGGCCAAGUUGUA